AAAAACAAAAAAAAAGGCUCGAGCUUUCGUUACGUCUCUCCGUUUCUCAAUCGCCGGUCACCGUGUUUUGUCCAGGCUCGCCGGAGGAGUUGAUUUAUUGUCGAAACACCGCCGAGAGAAGUUCUGUUAUUUGCGAUCGGAUGGUCCUGGCGAAACUUAUGCAUUGAAGGCAGUAGAAGAUUCGGCGGAGGAUUGAAUUGAAUCUGAAUCUGAUAUUAGGUUUUAUUUUGUAUCAGCAUUGAGUGAAUUGAAGUUCUUCUGUUCAUCCGAUUUAAGCUCAAAGGAUUGAGUUUUUUGGAAGUGGGAUUAAUGGCUGAUAAGUACAACGUCGAGGAAGCAGAGGCUUUAGCAAAGAGAGCUUUGCACUUACCAAUUGCACAGUCGACGCCAAUCUAUGAGCAGCUUUUGUCACUCUAUCCAACUUCUGCGAGGUUUUGGAAGCAGUAUGUGGAGACCCAAAUGGCUGUGAACAAUGAUGAUGCUACCAAACAGAUUUUUAGUCGUUGUUUGUUGACCUGUCUUCAAGUUCCCCUUUGGCAAUGUUACAUUCGGUUCAUCAGAAAGGUCUAUGAUAAGAAGGGAGCUGAGGGUCAAGAGGAGACCACAAAGGCUUUUGAGUUCACGCUUAAUUAUAUUGGGACAGACAUAGCAUCUGGGCCUAUAUGGACUGAGUACAUUACCUUUCUGAAAUCUCUUCCGGCUCUUAACCCCCACGAAGAUAUGCAACGGAAGAUUGCUCUCCGUAAAGUUUAUCAGAGGGCUAUACUAACUCCUACUCACCAUGUUGAGCAACUUUGGAAAGAAUAUGAGAACUUUGAGAAUUCUGUUAACCGUCAAUUGGCCAAAGGACUCGUCAAUGAAUAUCAACCAAAGUUUAACAGUGCCAGAGCUGUCUAUAGGGAGCGCAAGAAGUACAUUGAAGACAUUGAUUGGAACAUGCUUGCUGUACCACCAACAGGAUCUUCCAAGGAAGAAGUUCAAUGGGUGGCCUGGAAGAAAUUUUUGACCUUUGAGAAAGGAAACCCUCAAAGGAUUGACACGGCCUUGUCAACUAAGCGGAUUAUAUAUGUUUAUGAACAGUGUCUGAUGUGUUUAUACCACUAUCCCGAUGUCUGGUAUGACUAUGCUGAGUGGCACAUAAAAUCUGGUUCCACAGAUGCUGCAAUCAAAGUAUUUCAGCGAGCUCUUAAAGCCAUUCCUGAUUCGGAAAUGUUGAAAUAUGCUUAUGCUGAGUUGGAGGAAGCUCGUGGAGCUAUUCAGUCAGCAAAGAAUUUAUAUGAAAGCAUUUUGGGGGUUAGCACAAACUCCUUGGCACAAAUACAAUUCCUUCGUUUUCUCCGGAGGGCGGAGGGUGUUGAAGCUGCUCGCAAGUACUUUUUAGAAGUUAGAAAAUCUCCUAGCUGUACAUAUCAUGUGUAUAUUGCUUUUGCCACAAUGGCCUUCUGUCUUGACAAGGAUCCAAAGGCUGCUCAUAACAUCUUUGAGGAGGGAUUGAAACGCUAUAUGACUGAACCCGUUUACAUCCUUGAGUAUGCAGAUUUCUUGACUAGACUGAAUGAUGAUAGAAAUAUCCGAGCUCUAUUUGAACGAGCUUUAAGCACACUACCCACUGAAGAAUCUGCUGAGGUCUGGAAUAGAUUCGUUCAGUUUGAGCAAACAUAUGGAGAUCUUGCAAGUAUUCUAAAGGUUGAGCAGAGAAGGAAAGAAGCACUUUUCGGAAAAGGAGAAGAGGGUUCUCCUGCUCUAGAUAGUUCACUUCAAGAUGUUGUUUCUCGGUACAGUUACAUGGAUCUUUGGCCGUGCUCUACGAAUGAGCUUGAUCAUUUAUCCAGACAAGAGUUGCUUGUGAAAAAUAUGAAUAAGAAAGUAGAGAAGACAAACCUACCUCAUGGAACUGCAACUAUAGGUAGUGUAGCGUCUUCGUCAAAAGUUGUUUAUCCAGAUACAGCUCAGAUGGUCGUCCAUGACCCAACAAAGAAAUCAGAGUUUUCUAGUUCUGCAAAACCAGUGGCAGCUGCUGCUUCGAACACCUUUCAAAGCAAUGUGACAGCAACCGCAACUCAUGGAUCAGCCAGCACAUUUGAUGAAAUACCAAAGAAUACUCCACCUGCAUUGUUAGCUUUUUUAGCUAACUUGCCUCAUGUUGACGGCCCAACACCCAAUGUAGAUGUUGUUCUCUCAAUAUGUUUGCAGAGUGACUUACCAACAGGUCAAACUGCCAACAAGCAGAGUUUUACUGCUAAAGGCAAUGUUCCAAGUCAAAAUGAUCACUCAGGUCCAAACCGAGGUGGAGCUCAGAGAUUGCCAAGAGACAGAAGAGCUACAAAGAGAAAAGGUUCAGAUAGAGGGCAAGAAGACGAUGAUACUACCUCCGUACAAAGCCAGCCUCUACCUACAGAUGUGUUCAGACUAAGGCAAAUGCGUAAGGCGAGAGGGAUCUCAACAUCAUCACAGACCCCAACCGGUUCCGCUUCGUAUGGUAGUGCCUACUCCGGUGAGCUAUCUGGUAGCACCGGCUAAAAAAAUACUGAGAUAAAGGCAAAUUUGUAUAAGCCUCUACUGUUGUUGUAAUCUAUUACUCCCCAACAAUUUUGAUUUAUAACAAUAAAAAGGCUUCUUGGAUUACAUCA